CCCCUUGCAACACCACCGAUACAACUCACAAUGAAGGCAGAAUGAGGCGGAAGAGCAAUCCACCGAUCCAUGGGUUCGGCCAGUCAAUUGACCCGAUGAGGGACGGAGUUUGGAAAUCUCCAUAAACAUUUGAUCGUGGGCUGUUCAAGAAGAAGAGAGAGAAGGUUCACUUCGCUCGCGAGGGAUUGUAAGCGUCACGCCAAGCCUCAUUCGGACUCGCUACUCCUUACCACCUCCUCUCGACUCUAUUCCAUCAAUAUCUCCACUGAAACCUCACCUGCCGUUCCUCUUUACAACAAUUUUCACCCUCACUCUAGCAAUGGGACGUCCUCGUGUAGAAGUCGAUGCUGGUCCCGAUCCCCUUCCUUCAGAACUCCUUGAGUACAACCCUGCCUACCGUAUUCUCCUCUGUACAAGUUGCAAAUACGCGAUCCAACCAUCAGGCAUAGACCGGCAUCUGAAAGAAAUUCACCUAAUCAAACGCUCCCGUCGGCGCCCCUUCACCGAAUAUGUAUCUAAACUCUCCUUAGCUUCGCCGGAAGAAGUGUUUCAAUCACCUAUUCAGCAAUUUCCCAUUCCGGGCUUGCCUGUUUUGGAUGGUCUACGCUGUGAGCAAACUGGAUGUGGACAUUUAUGUGUAAGUGAGAAGAGGAUGAGGAGUCAUUGGGUAGGAGAGCAUGGGCGGCAAGGAGAUGGAAAGGAUGGUGAUUGGACCGAGGCAAGGUUGCAGACUUUCUUUCGAGGGAAUCUACUUAGGUAUUUCUCUGGACCCGAGGAAGACAAAUUUGAUCUUGGGGAAGAGCCAUGGCUCCCGAAUUGUCCAAAUGGAAAGUGUCGAGGCGAGAAAGUCGCUUCAAAAGGCCUCACAGGUGUGCAUUCCGAGAUGGAUGCCUCAUGGAUAGAAGCUAUAUCAGAGGAUAUACUCGUCCAGUCGAUAGCCGACAUUCACGUCUCGUUGAACGAUAAUGACUCUUUACUGCUCCAACACUAUCUCAACCAUACUGCUGCAACGAUAGCGACAGAUGCAGCCACUUUAAGACUCUGGCAGGAUGCGGUCCCGAAAUUAGCUCAAUCAAACCCGUUCCUGCACCAUGGAAUUCUCGCCAUUUCCGCUCUGCACCUCGCAUAUGUGACGCCAAACAGCUCACCCCUGUAUAACGACUAUCUGCUUUCCGCCACAAGCCACCAAGAUGCUGCUAUUCCUGUAUAUCGGACCAAGAUAGCAGACGUAACUCCGGAAAACAGCCACGCUGUGUUCAUGUUCUCUCACCUCCUGGUCUUGUACUGCCUCGCUUCAGAGUCGCAGGACGAGCGGCUGUUCAUCGUUGGACCUACCAACGAUGGAUCACCGAUAUGGCUUCAUUUCUUGAGGGCCGGGUGUGGUUUGCUUUGCCAUGUGUGGGACGACUUGGAAGCUGGGCCUGUCAAAUCUCUUGCUUCGGCAUGGGAUAUUCCAGUGCUGGAAGUUGAUGCGAAGACACCUCUUGUGGACAAUUUAUUGUCAUUUAUUCCAUCAGAUGAAGAGGAAAAUGGUUGGUCUGAAGACGAGAAGAAGAUAUACACAGAAACUGCUCGAUUAUUAGGUCUUGCUUUUUUGAAUGCAGCGGUUGGUGUUACCUUCUCGACGUGGGAUGCGCUGAGGAUUUGGCCAAUGUGUGUUACGUCCGAGUACCUGCAAUUGCUGAAAGCGCAACACCCUGGAGCGUUGGUUCUACUUGCACACUAUUGCGUGUUGCUGAAGAGACUCGAAGGUAAUUGGUAUUUCGAUGGGAGAGCAACGAGUCUGUUCGAGAACGUCUUGGGUUGUCUGGAUCCAAAGUGGGUAGAGGCUGUGAAGUGGCCUAUUGAAGAGAUUGGGAUUAGUAUGGAUUGUGUCCAAGUUGCUGUUGUUCGUGGUCCACCGGGCCCGCGUGCGGUAUAAUGGGCCAUCCACAAAGAUCGCUGAAUGAACUCUUUACAUCGUUCGUCAAGCUAGUGAGGCGUUGGACGGCUUCCUCGCAGACUUAAUUGGAUUAAUUGCGCAAUAUAGGUAGCGAGACCAAAUGCAGAGAACGGAUCCAUACAGACAGCUCACUAGAGCGAAUAAUACCAAUGAUCAUGAAGGAUACAUGUAAAGUAAAAAUGAGAAGAACAACGAAGGCAAGAGGAACGAGCGCAACAAAAUU